UACAAACUUUGAACCAAUGAGCGAAGAAAAUCCAUUUCAACCGUCAGUUUUUGGUUAGACGUUGUGUGUCCGUGUUGUAAAACUUCAUUACUCUUUGUCUGUGUACAUCGAACAUCAGUUUUGUUUGCGCUUGCAAGGAUAUAUUUAUUGCUUAUGGUUAUUAAUUAUCUUUUUCAACAUAGGAUGUAGAAAAUGAUUUCUGUGCUUUUAUCAAGGCUUGUGCUUUUAGUGUUUGGAACUCUCUAUCCUGCUUAUGCCUCAUACAAGACAGUAAAAACCAAAAAUGUUCGAGAUUAUGUUAAAUGGAUGAUGUAUUGGAUUGUAUUUGCUGUAUAUACAUUUGUUGAGAUAUUUGCUGAUAUCUUCGUAGCCUUUUGGUUUCCUUUUUAUUACGAGCUAAAAAUUUUCUUUGUACUAUGGUUAAUGUGUCCUGCUACAAGAGGCUCUACAUAUAUUUUUAGGAAAUUGAUAAAUCCACAACUUAGUAAACAUGAAGCAUUAAUUGACUCUUACAUUGCUUCAUUGUGGGAACAAGGCUAUGAUGUUGCCAGAAAAAUAGGCGCUCAAGGAGUUGAUUACUUAAUUGAAGUAUUCUUAGAGCUUUUGCGAAAG